AGACCAACCUCAAUAAAAUAAGUCUUCAAUGUCACUGACCUUGAGUAUACAAAAUUACUUGAAGAAAUAGCCUUCAUAAUGAAUUUCCUAAUUUGAUAAUAAGUAAUACAUUAUUUACUUUUAUCAGAUAAUUAUUAGUCUAAGUUUCAGCUUCUAAAGAAUCAAGACACUGUAAAACUUCACCAUUGUCUCCAAUGGCUCGUCAAAGUUUGCUUUUACGAUAUAAACAUUUCACGUGUAAAAACUUUGCCAACCGUGAUCUACGAUUCUCACGUAAUGUUUUUACAUUAUCGUCCGCUAAGACUGAAAGUUUUGGAACAUCUCAUAUCAAGUGGAUUUGUAAUCAUGAUACUAUUAAUUCAAAACAUGCCCAGCACUAUUCAUCAACAUCAAAUUUAAACAACGAAAAAGUUUUCACUAGUCGCCUUCCAGACAUCCCUGAUUAUAAUGGAAUGUUUCUCCAUGAGUAUAUUUGGAGAGAUAUUGAAAAAUGGUGGGAUAGAACAGCUCUGGAAUGUGCAAUGACAGGAAGAUCGUACACUUAUGAACAAUUAAAGAGAUUAAGUGGCCGAUUAGCAACAUCUUUAAGGAAAAGUAAGCUCCGACCUGGUGACACCAUUGCUAUAAUUCUUCCUAACGUGAUUGAAUAUGGAAUACUUUUAUUAGGAGCUAGUGAAGCUGGUCUUCGAGUAACUCUAGUAAAUCCGCUUGCGACAGCAGAAGAAAUAAGAAAACAGCUUAUCAACUCUGAAACUUCAGCUGUUAUUACUGCAUCAUGGAAAUAUCCAAUCAUCCAAGACAGUAUCAGUAAUAAUACAUCAAUCAAAUUACCAGUAAUAAUCGUUGAAGAUGGAACAGGAUCAAUACCAUCAGGUACAAUUAAUUUCAAAGACUUGAUAUCGGAUAGUGUUGAAGAGUUCGAAAAAACGGGGCAAAAAACAGAGCGAAAUCCGAAUGAGGAUACCUUCGUGCUACCUUAUUCCAGUGGAACUACAGGACCCCCUAAAAGUGUUUCAUUGACCCAUAGAAAUCUUGUUGCGAACUGUUUUCAAAUUCGAGCGGAAUCGGAAGCAAUAUGCCCGUGGGCUUUACGAACUAAUCAAGAAAUUGUGCCACUAUUUUUGCCAUUGUUUCAUGCCUAUGGUUUGACUUCUAUCUUGAACACGUAUUUGAGCUGCGGAGGAAAAAUAAUUUGCAUACCGCAGUUUUCAUCAUCAACACUAUUUGAAGUAUUAGAAAAAAACAAAGUAACAGCGAUAUAUGCUGUUCCACCUAUUAUUCAACUAUUAGCUAAUGAUAAAAGAUUGACACCAAAACACGUAGCAAAUGUAGAAUUUCUAGCAUCUGCAGCAGCACCGUUAAGUAAUGCCGUAGCUGAAAAAUUAAUCGAGCGAGCAGGAACUCAUUUUUUAUUUACCCAAGGAUAUGGUUUAACGGAAACUUCACCAGUGGUUGCUCAAAGUUUAAAAUGUCCUUUGGGCAGUACAGGACUAAUUCUUCCACAAACAAAACUGAGAAUUGUCGGAUGCAAUGAUGAAAAUAAAAACAAGAAUUUAGGAGUAAAUGAAGUUGGAGAGAUAUUUGUAAAAGGACCACAAGUCAUGAAAGGAUAUUAUAAAAAUCCACAAGCUACUCAAGAGUGUAUGGAGGGUGAAUGGUUCAAGACUGGUGACCUGGGACUUAUUGAUGAUCAAGGUUUUCUGUACAUAAAAGGACGACUUAAAGAACUGAUCAAGGUUCAGGGCUACCAGGUAGCUCCUGCUGAACUCGAAGACGUUAUUCUAGGUCAUGAAAAAGUCGCUGACGUAGCAGUCAUUGGAGUACCACACGAACGAUACGGAGAAAUACCCAAAGCCUUCAUCGUUCCUAAACCUAAUAUGCGUAUCGACGAACAAGAGUUGAAAGAAUUUGUAGCAAAACGUGUUGCUAAAUAUAAACAUCUUGGCCACAUUACUAUUACUGAUACAAUUCCUAAAAGUCCCGCUGGAAAAAUAUUACGAAGGGAACUGUUAAAAAUGUAGUAGAAAUUGUUUAAUAAAAUAUAAGAUGAUGUAUUCAAUUUUGUAAGACUUGAUGUUUUUAUAGAAUGCAAAUAAAUCUGAAAACAUUA